AUGGUGACAAUGGAGGGUUGCACUAUCAUCUUAACCAUUUGGGCUAAGACAGUUAUCACUAAUGGGAUGAGUCCAUUCGUUUUUGUGGUUUACACACAUGCUCUUUCUUCUAUUUCCUCUUACCUUUUUCUUUCUUUUACCAUCGCAACGACAAGUACAACUGAUGAAGAGCCAACAUUCAACUUAAACUUCUUUCUGAGAGUCUUCCUUCUCGGAUUAACAGGAACAACAAAAGUAGAUUGGAGAAGUAGGAGCUUCCAAACAAAAGUAUGUGGUACAAUAGUAUCAUUGGUUGGAGCAACAAUGGUGGAAUUGUACAAGGGUCCACUUAUUAAAAACUCUUCAUCAUCUCUCCAUCUACCUAUGCUCUCUGCAACCAAGAAAUUUUUCAUCUUUUCCACAAAUAAUCCACAGUAUUGGCUUCUUGGUGGCCUUUUACUGGCAGCUGCUAACUUAUGUGUUGCCUUUUGGAACACUCUUCAGGCUGGAACUGUGAAACAAUACCCACAAGUGAUGAAAGUGGCAUCGUUUUACAGCACCAUUGGAACACUCCAAUCUGCUUUACUUUCAGCCCUAAUCUUCGAAACAGACUUAAAUGCUUGGAAGCUAAACCUUAACAGCACCGAACUCCUCCUUAUUGUUCUAACAGCAAGCUUUAUGGGUAUAAUCCGAAGUUGUGUUCAUCUAUGGUGCAUGAGGAUAAAAGGUCCACUAUAUGUGCCUAUGUUCAAGCCCUUUGGUGUUGUUUUUGCCACUAUUUUUGGUACUAGCCUCCCUGCAAGUACUCUUCGUUACGGAAGUGUGAUUGGAACGGCUAUAGUUGGAAUGGGGUACUUUACAGUGAUGUGGGGUCAACUAAACCAUGAAGAUGAAGUGAGUACUAAUAGUAAUAAUACUAAACAAUAUGAUGUUGAGUCACCUCCACAAGAGCAUAAUGAUGUUGAUGAUGAUGAUGAUGAUGAUAAUGAGAAUUAUAACGUCAAAACUCCUCUCUUAAAACCACAAAAAAAUUACGUCCAAUAAUAAUAAUAAGGUUAUUGAUCUCUUCAUAUUAUUAUUGGGAAGAUCGAAGCAACCUCAUUUUGUAUAUAUAUAUACAUAAUAAAGUAGUU